CUUCGUCAUCCCAGUCACGACUUUCCCUUGCGCGUCGUCAUGUCCGUCAACCAGACCGUCCACGAAGCAAACAACUGCAAACUCAUCAGCGGCACCUUCGAGACGCUGGUCCAAGUAGGCCUUGGCAUCGUUGGUCUCUCGGUACUUGUGCUGAAGCGUGCGUACGAAAAGCCCCAGCGGCCCUUCCAGGUAUGGGCUUACGAUGCGUCCAAGCAAGCCAUCGGUGCCGGUGUCGCGCACGCCGCCAACUUGUUCAUCGCAAUCAUGUUAGUCAAGCUUUCAAAGUCUGACGAUGCCAAGGACGAAUGCUCGUUCUACUUCAUCAAUUUUACCCUCGACACGAGCUUGGGUGUACUUCUCAACUGGGUUCUCUUGCGCACGACCGUAGCGGCCGCGCUGCACUUCAACUGGACGUGGCUCCAAGUGCCCGGGUACUAUGGCAAUCCCAUCCGCACGAGAGUGUGGUUGACCCAGCUCCUGUCUUGGAUUGCGAUUGUCUUGACGGCGAAGCUCGUCAUCGCGCGCUUCAUUUAUGCGUUUUCGGCUCCGCUCAACGACUUUGGCAACUGGUUGUUCGACCCGCUGUCCAACUACCCCAAGGUUGAGCUCCUCUUCGUCAUGGUCGCGUGUCCAUGCCUGAUGAACGCGCUUCAAUUCUGGAUUACCGACAACUUUCUCAAGAAGCCGGCUAAGGUCGUCGGUGCCGUCGCGGAUGAAAAGACACCGUUGGUGUGAGUUGUUUUCUGUCGAAGUAGUCUCUCAUGUGCUAAAUGGAUCGCAACUGCCUCGAAUGGACGUGUGGUAGACAUAAACAACACGAAACCACGUUGAAAAACAAUG